ACCCUAAAGCAAUCAUUUUCCCGAACUCGCUUACCAACUACCGACCGAUUUGGAGGACAACUUGACUUCAAUACCAAACCCACUACGUUGAACAUCAACAUGUCGCUAUCCUGGAGCAGCUGGCUCGCCACACUAGAGCCGCAACAGUCAGCUCUCGGCCUGCUCUUUGUCGUCCUCUCCUUGACACUCGCUUAUGUCUCCAUACCAGGACGCCACGACCACCUCCCUUACAUCAACCGGCCCCCAAAGUGGGAUUUCCUUGGCCAGAAGACCAAACAACACUUCGUCAGCAAUGCCCGAAGCCUGAUGGCCAAUGCUCGGGAGGCCUUCAAAGGCAAGCCCUACCGAAUGUUCACCGACUUGGGGGAUCUCAUUGUUAUUCCGGCGCACCACGCCGAUGAGAUGCGCAAUGAGCGAUCUCUGGACUUCCUCGAAGCCUUUGUCGAUAAUUUUCACCCCAACAUUCCCGGAUUCGAGGGAUUUACUUUCGAUGGCCGAAAGGACCAGUUGCUUCACAAGACGAUCAACAAGAAGAUUACCAAGAUGCUCAAUGAGAUCACUGCACCACUGUCGCUGGAAGCUGACUUUGCUACGCGCCUGAUUCUCGGAACUUCGACAGCAUCAACACUUUCUCAAGCGCAGAAGUCCUUCGACAGUACCCUCAUUAUCUUCGCCACAUCGCCUGCUAUUUUAUUCCGCAAUGCCGACUACUCAGAGAACAAGUUGCAGAGGCACGACGCGUUCUUAACCCGACCACAGUUGAUGGAGGAUGUUCGUGCUGAGAUUGUGGCGGUCCUCCGGAAGGAGGGCUGGACCAAGUCUGCUUUGUUCAACAUGAAGCUGCUUGACAGUGUCAUCAAGGAGGCGCAGAGACUUAAGCCGACAACGUCUGCGACGAUGAAUCGGAAAGCCACUAGUCAAGUCAAGCUUCCUGGUGGAUUGGUCCUUGAGAAGGGAGACCGCUGCAUGGCAGACCUCGGCUCGAUGGUGGACCCCAACGUAUAUCCAGAUCCUCUCGAGUUUGACGGGUAUCGAUUCUUCCGGAUGCGUGGAGACCCCAAGAUGGAUAGCAAGGCUCAUCUGGUGAGCACAUCAGUGUCCCAUAUGGGAUUCGGCCAUGGCCUACACGCGUGUCCUGGGAGAUUUUUUGCCUCUAACGAGGUCAAGGUUCUCUUGUGUCACUUGCUGCACAAAUACGACUGGAAGCUUGACAGUGGAUUCGAGCAUACGAUUCAUGAAUUCGGUCUUUCCUUAUCGUCGGGUAGCACAAAGGCUUUUGUCGCGAGGCGACAGAACGUGGAGAUUGACAUUGACGCGUGGUAA